UAACGAUUCUGGAGAAAAGAAAGAGAAGAUGUUUAACCAGAAGAAAGAGAGUAAGAUUAAAAAUCGAUAUAUUCGAAUUGUGUAUUCAUUUUCUCUCUCUUUCGAUUUCUCUGUCUUCGUCUGCGCAAUUGGAAGGACGAAGAAGAGAAAAAGAUAAUCAGCUUCAGGGAGAAGAGAAAAAAAGAUGGAAAAAGAAAGAAGAAAAGAAAGAGAAAAGAUGAAGAUGAAUUUUUCGAAUAAAACAGAAAUUCUGAGAGAAGGAAGAAGAUGAUGAUCAUCACAAUCGUCUAAUUGUAACCAUUUUCUAAAUGUAAAUCGAACUACUCAUUUUCUACUUCUCUCUCUCUCUCUCUUGUUCUAUUCUCUUUCUCUCUUUCUCUCUCAGUUUAUUUUCUUUUUUCUCUCUUACCUUUGCUUUCUCUUUUUUCCAAUUUCAUCUUUGUGUCAUUUUCUCUUUUUAUUCCAUAAUAAUCUUCAUCAUCUUCUUUCAUCUUCUCAUAAUAAUCUCCAUUCUCAUUAUUUCUGUAUCAUCUUUAUCUCCAUCAUCUUCAUUUGUCUCUGCUUUUCUCUCUCACUCUCUCUCUCUCCGGUUCCAUCUCAUGAGAGAGAGAAAGAGAGAAUCAGUGAGACCAACAACAUCUCCAAUUGUAUCUCCUCUUUUCAUCCAAUAUUCAAUUUAAUCUCCAUCAAGGGAAACCCCUAAUUUAAUUAUAUUCUUGUUACCAUAUUAACCGUUAAGUUAAUCGUUAAUUAACUUUAAAUUUGUGACAAAAUUGUUAAAAUCAACAAAAAGAAAAUCGAUUCAGUGUCCAUUUCCAUCAACCCUAAUUGCUUCAUCUUCUUCCAAUCUUUCCAAUCAACUGGUAACAAUUAACAUUCUCAAAUCAAUCAGUUAAUCACAACAACAAAAAAGUGAAAUUCUAUCUACAAAUCUAAAGAAAAUCCUUUUCUCUCUUAGGCCUAACUAAAUCUCCAUGUUUCCAUUGUUUCCUAUGUUGGAAUCUGUUUGUUUUCUUUGUUACAUUUUCACCUACAAAUGGUUCAAGUUGAUUAAUCUUCCAUUUCUCUAAUAACCAAUUAAUUAUCCUAAUCAGUUCUUCACAACAACAACACAAAUUGAUUUUCUAAUCGUUUGGAUGGUCUUCUGAUUUCUCCAGUUAAUCUACUGUUAUUGGGUUUAUAAUCCUUAAUCUUUAAUCUCUAACUCUUCUCUCUCUCUCUCUUCAAAUAUAAACACCUAAUUAGUGUGUAUAUUUAUUGGUUAACAUGUUUAACUUUAAUCUCUUGAAAUGCAAUUACAGUGCCAAACAGUGUUCCAACAGUGUGUCCAUUUUAAUUACUACAAUUAAUGGUUUCAAUUACAACAAUUUAACGACAAUAUCUACAUUGGAAUCAAGGAAAUUAACUAUACCAACAACAGAAAUGGAAAAUAUUGUCUAUAGUUGCUCCUGAUGAAGACUCAUGGUUGUGAAAUCAAACAAUCAAAUUAGUUAAUCAAGGAAAAUCAUAUUGUCUCAAAUUUUAACGAUACAAAUUAUCCAACAAUCCAAUUGAUUAAUAAAGAAGGAAAAUCAAGAAGAAGGAGAAGAAGAGGAAAAAAAAUCUCCAAAUCAACUAACCAAGAGGAGGAUUAUUUACAUAACCUUCCCCUUGGAAUUAUAUAUUGUUUAUCAUCUAUAUCUUCAUCUAUUUCUUAUCAUCUUUAUCAUCUUCUUCUCAUGUUCUGUCAUAUUUCAUCAUCCAAAAUUCGAGAAACAACAAGAUUCUCCUUUUCUCUCUCGAGAUUUUCAGGAAAUUACUUGAUCAACCUGAGGAAUAAUUCGUGACUCUCUCUCUCUCUCUCUUUCAUUUCAUCAACAAUUACUCUCUCACUCUCACUCUGUCAUCUUCAUCAUUCUCUGACAAUUUCCUCUUAUACAUAUAACUUCAAGAUCAAUUACACACCUUAAACAAAAAUCAUUUCCAUCAUCAAUAUAUUAUCAAUUUUAAUCAAUCUUAUUGAGUUACUGUUACAUUUUGGAAACAAAAUAACCCAAAGGUUAUAAGAAGCUGAUAUAAGGAGUACCAAGUUAAAUCGUUUUCAUCCAAUUAGUUAAUUGUUUACGAUUUGUUUUUUUCUAAAAUUCUUACAUAUAAAUAUAAAAUAUAUAGAAAAUGUUACGUCGUUUAUCAAUUGCAUCGACCUUCAGGUCAUCUGGAUCUACCAAUAAAGUGAAAUAUUGUAAAAAUCGUGGUGUUGUCCGAAAGACUGGUCGUAAGGUGAAGGGUGCCCUGGGAGGUGAUGAUGAUGAUGAAGAUGAGGAUGAUCUGGAACAAGGAGAAAUGGAUUCAUUUAAUGGUGUUAAAGUUAUCGGCGGUGGUGGAGGUUACAAUGGGUCCGGUGUUGGAAAUGUAUAUCAUUCUGGAUCAGCUGGUUACUCUUCAAGUUCCUACUCAUCAUCUCACCAACAACAACACCAACAAGUCCAACAACAACAACAACAACAUCCUCAUCCUCAUCUUCAUGUACAUUCACAUGCUUCAUAUAAUCAUCCGUCUUCCUCAUCACCACCAAUUAAUGUAAUGAAAAUUGGACAAGGUCAGGUUACUUAUGGAGGUAAAGAGGGUCCCACAAGCUCAUCUGGUAUUGGUAAAAAGGGUGAUUCGGAAAGGAAUGGACCCAGGGUGAUACCCGGUAUAAUUACAUCUUCUGGUAGAGGUAAUGAUAAAAUUGCUCGAGUUUUCUCAUCACAAUCAACUUCUUUACACAAUAAUCGAGGGUCAAGCAUGGAUGGUAAAGAUGAGGAUGACAAUAAUAAAAACAAUGACAAUGAUGAAGAUGAAGACGAAGAUACCAAUAAUAAUAAAAGUAGUUCAAUUAAACCAAUUAUCAUACCAACAAUCAGUGGAUCAUCAUCAAUGAUUACCAAGCAGCAGAAUAAGACAACCGAAGAUGAGGAAAGUGUUUAUCUGAGUCGAAAACGUCGAGAAAUGAGAAAAAAGGAAAUUAAAAGGCAAUUUGAUCGUUCAGAUGAUCGUCUUGGAAGUGGUGGCGGUGGUGGAUUAUCAGGUAAACGAGGUGGAACUGGUACCGGUGGUGUUGGUUUCACUGGCGGUGGUUCAUCUAAGGGCUGGUCAUUUGUUUUCGAUCCAUCCGGACGUUUAUGUUACUAUUGGUCAAUGAUUGUCUCUCUUGCUUUUUUAUACAAUUUUUGGGUCAUCAUCUAUAGAUUUGCCUUCAGUGAGAUAUCCUCUGAAACAAUGGUCCUAUGGUUAACCUUUGACAUUCUUUCUGAUACAAUUUACAUUCUGGAUAUAUUAAUUAACUUCCGUAUUUGCUACCUGGAUGAAGGUGUCCUACAAACUAAUGCCAAAAAGCUGAGACAAUAUUAUAUGAAUUCAACCUUCUUUUACAUUGAUUGUCUCUGUUUACUUCCAUUAGAUUUUCUUUACCUUUCCAUUGGUUUUAAUUCAAUACUUCGAGGUUUCCGUUUGGUUAAAAUAUACAAAUGGUGGUCAUUUCUUGAUCGUACAGAGAGACACACCAAUUAUCCAAAUGUUUUCCGAACUGUAUCACUUGUCCAUUAUAUAUUGGUCAUCUUCCAUUGGAAUGCUUGUUUUUAUCAUCUUCUUUCAAAGAGAAAAAAUUUUGGUUCUUCCGAUUGGUUUUUAGGUUCUCGAGAUCAUCAACUUUGUCCCGAUGUUGAAUGUGACUAUUUACAUGCCUUUUAUUGGUCCAUUCUAGCGCUCACCAUAAUAGGUGACCUUCCAAGACCUCGUACCAAAGGGGAAUAUAUUUUUCUCAUUGUUGAACUAUUUUUGGGUCUCUUUUUACUGGCCACUGUUUUAGGUCAUGUGGCCAACAUUGUUACCAAUGUAUCAGCGGCUCGUAAAGAGUUUCAAGCUAAAUUAGAUUCCGUUAAAACUUAUAUGAGAAUGCGUCGAGUACCCGAACAUCUUAAAAUUAAAGUAAUCAAAUGGUUUGAUUAUCUGUGGAUGACACAAAAAUCAGCUGAUGAAGAUAAAUCAGUCGGAUUCUUACCAGCUAAAUUAAAGGCAGAGAUUGCGAUUCAUGUUCACCUUGAUACCCUGAAACGAGUUGAAAUAUUUCAGAAUACGGAAGCUGGUUUUCUUUGUGCUUUGGUAUUACGACUUCGUCCAGUACUUUUCUCACCGGGAGAUUAUGUUUGUCGAAAAGGGGAAGUGGGCAAAGAAAUGUUCAUUGUUAAUAGAGGUAAACUUCAGGUUGUCUCUGAUUCUGGUUCCAAUGUACUGGCCACCCUUAGGGCGGGAAGUUAUUUUGGUGAAAUAUCAAUUCUAAACAUGGGAACAGCGGGUAAUCGUAGGACUGCCUCAGUUAAAUCAGUUGGUUAUUCUGACCUAUUUUGUUUAUCCAAACAAGAUCUAUGGGAUGUAUUGAAAGAUUAUCCAGCAGCACGAGUUAGAUUGGAAGCAAUUGCCUCGAAAAGAUUAGAAAAAUAUAAGAAAGAACCUCUCAUGAAAAUAUCUAGAGGUCGAUCUAAAAGUACACCCGGAAUUCAAUCUAAAUACAAUCUUAGUUUGCCGAAGGUGAAUGAUGGUAAAUACUCACGAACUCAUACUCAAUCUGCGAAUACACUAUUAACGGAAGACGAAUUACUUGUGAUAAAUGAAGAGAAAAGGAAAGAGGAUGAGGGGCGAGAUGGAAAUGGCGAUGAUGGCGGAGAAAGAGAGGGAGGAAUAAGCGAAGAUGAUGUAGAUAGAGUAUCUGAUCAUCCACCGCCUCCUUAUCACCAUCAGCAAUUGUUACAAUCAUCACAUCAACAACAUAGUUUAUCUGGUCGCUCGGAGGGAAACAAACCUCCUAACGAGUUGACUAACUGUAAUUCCCAAGCCAGUGUUGCCUUUACCAAGGAAGGUGUUAACAUUUAUUUUACUCCGCCAACACCAACACCACUUACCUCAUCCGGUCUUGAUUGGUUAAUCGAUGGAUCUUCCAUUGCCGCUGCUGCUGCAGCGGCCGCAGCAGCGGCGGCGGCUUCUUCAUCUUCCUCUGUAAAUGUUUCUACUUCCAUGGGAACGGGUAAAAGGUGUGAUAAUGAGAGUGAACAAACUAACGGUACCGGUGGGAACAAUCAGGGAAUCAUCCCAAGACCAAGUCAUCUUCAACCCUCUGUCUCUCCAACACCUUCUUACAAUUCAUCAACUUCACCCUCUCACAGCCAUUGUCUUGUGCCUUCAUCAACCAGCACAUCAAACACUUAUCAUCAUCACCAUCCACCCCCAUUUACCUGUCAUCUAAUAUCUCCCGCUCAUUCAUCUUCACAACUUUUCCUCUCCACGGCACCAGGUACACCUUUAAUACCUUUAACAGCUCCAACAACUCCCUCCGGUGAUUUACCCUCCGAAGGUGGUACUUUCAGUUCAAUUGGUGUCUCCCCAUCAACCGUGGCAAAUGUCACAGCAACUUUAUCAUCUUCCACCGGUGGUAAUUUACCUCCACAAGAGAUUCUGUUGUCCGAAAUAAAACGUUUACGUGAUAGAUUAGCUCACCUUGAGAAAGAAAAUACUUCCAUGAGUUUCAAAUUAUCUCAACAACAGUGGGAAGUUGAGGAGAGACUGAAAGGAAUCGAGAUGAAGAUGAUCGCCACCAAGGAAGAUGACAAUGGAUCAACCGGUGGAAAUCGAGGUGGAAUUUUCAAUGAUGAUGCUGUUUGUGAUGAAGAUGAUGAAAUAGACGAUGAUGGUUAUCAUCAUCUUCAUCAUCAUCACCAUCAUGGUCAUGAUCAUGGUCAGGGUGAUGGUGAAAUUGGAUUUGAAUCAAGUGGACCGGAAGAGGAAGAUGAGGGAGGAUUAAGUGAUAUUGGAGGUGAUAUUCGUGUUGAUGAGGAUGAAGAUGAAGAUGAAAGUGAGAGAAACAAAGAAUCUAUUAUUUAAUUGAUGAUAAUUAAUUCUGAACAAUUGGUUAAUUAUGUUGAUAGAAAUUGAGACUAACCAUGCAAACACAGCGAAAGUAACGAAACAAUUUAUUCAACGAUAGAAAGAAAUUUAAUUGUUGAUUAACUUUCCGAUUAUAUAAAACAAUUAACUUGUUUCAACCAAAAAAAAAAUCAAUCAAUUGAUUGUUCAACUUGAUCGUAAUGAUGAGGCGAGAUAAUUAUUUAAGUUUGUUUGUUAAUUAAAACUCAAUUAGUUGAUUGUUUUUGUUUUCUAAAUCAAUCUAAGAAGAAAAAAAUCUCUACACUUAAUUAUAUAUAAAAAAAUUACAAUCUGAUUAUUGUUAAUUGUUAACAAUUAAAACAUUUUAAUUAAGAGAUUGAGAAAAAGAUUGUAAGUAAAUAAAUCAUUUUGAUCAAAUAUGUUGCUAAUCAGAUUGAUUGAAAUCAAUCAACUCGCCAUUAUAACGAUGAUUAACAAAUUUAGACAAUUCAUCAAUUCAAUUGGCGAACGAUAAAUUAACUAAUUACAAUUGAUUAAUUAUCAAGUCAAUAAAAAUUUUUACUAAUUACGUAGUAAAGGUAAUAAUAGAUUUAAUUUUAAUCUAUUUUACCUUUUUGUGUAAAAUAAUCAAUACAAUUAAAAGAAAAUUGAAAUUUGAAGAAAUAAAGAAAAAUUGAUAAUCAAUUAAUUAGCGCGAAAAUAAUUAAUUGUGGUUAAUUUAAAUGAUCAA